AUGGGUGUGAUAGUGGCUUUGCUAUUAUGCUACGCUUCUAUUACUAGUCAAUCUGCUAACUUAAUGAAAGCAGAGGAGAAACGUGCUCUGCUUCAAACCAAGUGGUGGAAUACUAGUAUUACUCCCUACAACGUCUCAGACCCUUGUUACUGGCACGACGAGAUAUCUUGCAAUGAUUUUGGAAGCGUUACUCAGAUGUCUCCACUCCAAAUCACUUCACAGCACCCUCGACUAGGAGAUCUCAAUUUGACAGCAUUUUCUUAUUUAGAAGAACUUGAGCUUUCAAGAAUGGGUUUGACAGGUAGCAUUUCAACUCAAAUUGGAGCUCUUCAAAAUCUCACUUAUUUGGACUUGUCUAAUAACCACCUUACUGGCAUCAUUUCCUCUCAUAUAGGAGCUUUUCAUUAUCUCUACCAUUUAGACUUUUCUCAUAAUGACCUCACUGGGGAUGUCCCUUAUAUUCAUAAAAAUAUGCUUGAUGAAAUUAUUUUUAAUGGUAACUUUAGUCACAACAAAAUCAAUGGAGUGUUACCAUCUAGAAUAUGCACUUACCCUCCUUUAUGUAGCAUUGAUUUGAGCUACAAUAUUAUCUCUGGUAGUAUACCUAGAGAACUUGGUGAGUUUUUCUCCAUCAACUUGUCAUACAAUUUUCUCAAUGGCUAUGUUCCUAAUGAAGUUUAUAGCUCUUUUCCACAUGACAUUUUAAACGGCAAUAAAGGGCUACUUGGUCCAGAGAUGAUCCAUGGUUCUUCUAAAAGUCCAAAGUCUAUGUUGAAAAUCAUAAUUCCUUUGACAGUUUUUCUUGUCAUCAUAUUUGUUGCGGUUUUUCUCAUAUUUGCGUCAUUCAAAAAGAACAAGAAAUCCAAAACGGAGACAAGAGAAACAAAAAAAGGGGAUUUGUUUUCCAUAUGGAAUUUUAACGGUAAAAUUGCAUAUGAAGAUAUCAUUGAAGCAACAGAGGACUUUCAUAUCAAAUAUUGUAUUGGAACUGGUGCAUAUGGAAGCGUUUAUAUGGCACAACUUCCUUGUGGGAGAAUCGUAGCAGUGAAAAAACUUCACAAAAGAGAAUCUGACAACCCAUCUUUUGCAAAGAGCUUCCACAAUGAAGUGAAAAUGCUAACUGAAAUUCGUCAUCGUAGUAUUGUAAAGCUUUAUGGUUUCUGUUUGCAUAAUCAAUGCAUGUUUCUCAUCUAUGAAUACAUGGAAAGUGGAAGCCUUCUUUAUGUCUUGAAUCAUGAUGAUGAAGCUAAAGGGUUGGAUUGGAGCAAGAGAGUGAAUGCCAUAAAAGGAGUAGCAAAUGCCUUAUUCUACAUGCAUCAUGAUUGUUCUCCUCCAAUCAUCCAUCGAGACAUAACAAGUAGUAAUGUACUAUUGAACUCAAAUAUGGAGGCAUUUAUAUCUGACUUUGGCACAGCAAGAAUCAUUGAUCCAGAUUCAUCUAAUCAAACUUUUUUAGUUGGUACUUAUGGUUAUGUUGCUCCAGAGCUUGCAUAUACUUUAGUUGUGACUGAAAAAUGUGAUGUGUAUAGUUUUGGAGUGGUGACAUUGGAAACAAUUAUCGGUAAACAUCCUGGAGAUUUAAUAUCAUCUCUGUCAAAGACCUGCACAAAAAGCAUUUUUUUAAAAGAUGUGUUGGACACACGUCUCCCAUUGCCAUCAAGACAAGAUGCAAGAGAUGUGAUUCUUUUGGUCACAAUAGCACUAGCAUGCUUGAAUCCAUCUCCCAGAUGUCGACCAUCAAUGCAACAAGUGACUCAAAGACUUUUAUUUUCCAAGCUACCACUAGCUAUUCCUUUAAAUAACAUCUCAAUCCAGCAUUUGGUGAAUCAAGAUUUACAAAUAAUCUGGCCCGGCAGUUAGAAAGCUAGGAGAUUUGGCUCUAUGAUUGCUUUGUACCUUAGAAUGAAACUU